CCAUUGACUUACCAGAACUUAACGAGGAACCCGACGAGCCACUCAGCGAUCUACAAGCCCCAAUCAUGUUUCGGUUAGCACUUCCAGUCAUCUUCUUCUUCGCGUGUGCAUUAGCCGUCGAACUUCCUUCUAAUUUCAAGAGUUGCUCCAGAAAUGAUCCAAAUAUUGAUACCUGUUUGAAGUCAGCCAUACAAUCAGCUAUCAAAGAUCUUGUUAAAGGAACGAAAGAGCUGAAGAUCGCACCGAUAGAUCCUUUGCACCUAAAAACGCUUGACAUCAGCCAAGGCACCGGCCCAGUUGCCAUUGUGCUCAACUUCAAGGAUGUUGACAUCAAUGGAAUUAGUUCCAUCCUAGUUGACUCCGUCAAUGCUAAAUUAGACGGAGAUGAAAAAAUACUGACGUUGAAUUUGGUGGCGCAAAAACCUCUGACUAUUUUGGGGCAGUAUAGUGUCGAUGGUAAAGUACUCGUUCUUCCUAUCCAGGGAUCCGGAAACGCGACGAUUAAUCUCCUUAGCGUCAAAGCAACGGUAAAACUUAUUGGCAGCAUAGUGAAAAGGCACGGCGUUGAAUACCUUAUUUUCAAAAAAGUCGACUUUCUUAUGACCCCGGAGUCGGUGGAACUCCAGUUCGCUAACCUCUUCAACGGCAAUAAAGCGCUAGGUGACAAUAUGAAUAAGUUCCUGAACGAUAAUUGGCUGGAGGUGUAUCCAGAGCUGCAGAACCCGAUCCAGGAUGCUUUUGCACACACUAUAGUAGAUCUGGCACAUGGUUUCUUCGCUCAGGUGCCAUACGACAGUAUUAUUCCUCCGAGCUCUUAGACUCCGACGUUAUUCAAGAAAUCACACACUCCUAAUGUCUGGCGGAUCGAGAUAAGCCACGAAUUAUUGACUUGGUUCAUCAAUGACGCAAUGACGUAUAUUUAAGGACAAUUUCGCAUAUAUGUCAUAUUGUACAGAGAAAUCGUCACGGGAUUACAAUUUCGAACUAACCGAGCGCUCGGAUUUGAAGUAAUUCGAUACUUCAAUACAGAACAAAUUAAUUUAUUUAACCCAAAAAGUUAUAUUCGAUUAGCCGAAGUGAUUUAACAAUCGAUAAAAAUUAUUUACGUUGACAAGACGAUCAAGUAUUUAUGAAAAAAAAUAUUUUUCUCCAAAACGUUGUUUUCGCAGUUCACUGUGGUUAUACAAAAAGUUAUCGAGCAUUUAUUUAUCAUUUGUACUAAGUAAGAGCUACACGUUGUUAAACCCUAAUGUUAUUUUCGUACACCUGUUAUUUUGUGUUAUUAUUUACUGAAAUGUUAUCAAGUGGUCUGUGAAUAAACUACAUUUGCGAUUUAA